UGGGUACUGUGCGUGAUAUAUUAGAUUUCAGCCCUUCGUAAGUUGGCCACUGCGACAAUGGGCCAAACGGCGGCUUAUAAAAGAGGUCUGCGUCCAACUCUUAGUCAUCAGUCGAGUGCUCACCAUUGCUCCACUUGCAUCUUCUAGUUUUUCACAAUGAAUGUCUUGCAUUCUAGCAUCGUCUUCUGCCUGAUCCUGAGCGCUGUUCAGGCUGGGAUUAUUGCCAGCCAUCCAGAUGAACUGAUUGCCAGUCCUGCCCAGUACGAGUUCCACUACUCGGUCCACGACAGCCACACUGGCGACGUUAAGGACCAAUUCGAGCACCGACGGGGCGAAUAUGUUACGGGUCGCUAUUCCCUCAUUGAACCCGAUGGUCACCGGCGCAUUGUGGACUAUACCGCCGAUCCGCUACUGGGCUUCAAUGCUCAAGUUCGUCGGGAACCCAUUUCUCGCUAUUGAGAUGGGUUCUUGAGGAAGUGAUAAAGAACCUAACCUGCUGACCGGAUACGAUAUGGCUAACUUAACUUAUGAAACUAUGAUGGAAAGGCGUGUAUUCUUAGAAUAAAAUCUAAAGGCUGUUCAUUUUAUAUUGACUUG